AAUGGAGCAGCUUCAGGGCAGGAAGACUGGGGCCUUGUAGUUGGUGUAGGUGACAGACGGGUUACAGGAUGGGGAACACCAGGGACUGUCUGAAAAGCUAUAUUAAUUUUAAAAAGUAACUUAAGAAACUACGUCUGUCGUCUAUGUUAUCACUGUUUAAAAUACUUUCCUUGUAAAAACCUCUGUGAUUCAAGCUCAAGGCUCUCUUUGCUUCCCUCUGUGCCUUACCCAUUACAACAGGUUUAAAAGGGUCUCCAUGCUGUCUGCUACAGAGAAAGUAAUCGCAGGUCCUCCUCAACUGCCUCCUCCCAGUGGUCAAAGAGUUACUCCCCAAACGGCAUUUGUGCUUUCAUUCACCUUGGGUAUCUUGGCACAUUGGGCAUGAUAGAAUCAUAGAGUCACACAAGGAAAAUGAGGCCUUUGGCCCAAAUUGUCCAUGUUGACCUAGAUGUCUCGCCUAUGCUAGACCAUCAUCUGCUUUAAAUAUUGUUAUAGUACCUGCAUCAACUAACUACGUUCUCCAGCAGCUGAUGUAAAGGAGGCCACAUUGGGAGUACUGAAUACAAUAGCAGAAGUAGAGCAUCCAUCAAUCUAUUCAAAUGUGCAUUAAAUUCGAUUGUGUUAUUUGUAGCCAGUUCUUCUACUGUUGACACCAAUUGAACCAAAGCCCUAUUACAGUUAAUUCCUGAAUAUGAUGUAUCUUGUGAUCAGUUUGAUUCUCAAAACGCUUUCUGUAACAAUGACAACUCUCAAGCAAUCAACUGGCUGUGAAUUGCUGAAAUCUAUCCAUUCCCUCUUCUGAUGCUGCCCGAGCAGCUGAGAUCCUUCAGCCUUUUCUUUUAGCUCAAGAUUCAGGCAAUUGCAGUUUCUUGUGUCUACGUCUCUUUGUUACCUCCUUAUACCCCCUUCACAUCUUAUUUACCUACUUUUCUUUGUGUCAGUAGCAAAUUUUGCAACCAUAAUUUUGGCUCCUUCAUACAAAUCACUUUUCAUAAAUUGCAAAACUUGAAGCCCCAGUACUGCUCCCCUUUUAUACUAUUUGUUAACAUUGCCAACAAGAAAAAGACCCAUUUAUCAUUGCUCUCUUUCAUGUCAGCAUGAAAAUCUUCUAACCAUGACAAUGUUAUCACCUCACAACUGUAAGGAAUGCAUAAUUCACUGAAUCUAAAAAUGUAUUGUAGCUGCAGUGAAUGCCACACACUUGUCUUGUGCCUUCCAGUGCAAUAUUCAAUUGUUCAGAACACCUAAGGUAUGAUGCACAAUAGAUUGGGCCUUCAUUUUUCAAAUAUAGAGAGAGUUUCUUCUGCAGUCAUUUGUGUAGGUAAAUGGAUUGGGAGGGUUUAGAGAAUUAUGGGCCAAAUGCAUCUAGCCCAAUAUGUCAAUUUGGUUGACAUGCACAAGUUGACAAGCGGAAGGGUUGUACAGAUCUGCGACUCUACAUUAGCAAAGCUAGAGUGGUAAAUAGGUAACUCAUGGAGGUGAAGUGAGGAGUAAUCUGGAAUGAUGGAUGACUCGGAAGAAGUCGGGUCUUGCAGACUUCCAGUCUGGUGGUGGUGACGAUGACAGUGGGAUCAGAACGUGAAUUCCCCCCCCCCCCCCCAACAAAACUAAAAAAGUGUUCAUUAUUGGAUAGAAGCAUUCAAAGAAGCUGAUAAACUCUGUGGAGCAUUGUGUGGAUGAUGCUUUGCAGGGGCUUGUGGCCUGGAAUGUGGGAAUGCAGCUUGUGCAGGGACAUCGUAUAGUGAUCAGAUCGGACCUGAAGAACCUCAAAGGCAAAGUUGCCUUGCUGUCUGGAGGAGGUUCUGGGCAUGAACCAGCUCAUGCAGGCUAUGUUGGAGCAGGAAUGUUGACUGCUGCGAUUGCAGGGGAUGUCUUCACUUCUCCCCCAACUGGAAGUAUUGCAGCAGCGAUCCGAACUGUAGUCAGAGCAGGAGCAGCUGGUGUACUGCUGAUUGUCAAGAACUAUACUGGGGAUCGGUUAAAUUUUGGCUUGGCACUAGAGGAGGCAAAAAUGGAGGGAAUUCCUGUGGAGAUGAUUAUUAUAGCUGACGAUUGUGCCUUUACUAGGCAGAAGAAAGCUGGGAGAAGGGGCCUAUGUGGCACCGUUCUCAUACAUAAAAUAGCUGGAGCCAUGUCUCAAAUGGGAAAGUCAUUGAAUGAAAUUGUAGUGAAACUGAAUGCCACUUUAAGUAAAUUAGGUACAAUGGGAAUCUGCUUGUCACCUUGUAGCGUCCCUGGAUCUGUGCCAACCUUCCACUUGGAACCAGAUGAAAUGGAACUUGGACUGGGUAUCCAUGGAGAAGCUGGCAUUGAGCGGAUAAAGAUGAUAUCAACUGAUGAAGUUGUUCAAAAGAUAAUUGAUCACAUGCUGGAUCCCACCAAUGAGUCUCAUCUCAGUUUGCAAGCAGGAGAUCAUAUUGUGCUGAUUGUGAACAACCUUGGUGGGUUAUCCUGCUUGGAAUUGAAUAUUGUGGCCAAUUCUUCAAUUCAGUAUCUGGAGAGUAAGGAGUUCAUUAUUGAAAGGGCUUAUGUUGGAUCCUUUAUGACAGCCUUACAAAUGGGAGGAACUUCUCUGACUCUGAUGCAUGCUGAUCCGGAACAACUGCAAUUCCUGGAUGCAUACACUUCUGCUCCUGGAUGGCCUAAUGUAUCAAAAAGAAGUUUGGCACAAAGAUCCAGGACUGUAAAUAUCCCUAAUUUGGAACAUGAGGAUACAGAUAAAACUCCUGGGUCAGGUCCUUUUGUGGAUAAGGUGCGUUCAGUCCUGGAUAUGGUUUCCACCACUUUGCUUCAAAUGGAAGAGGAACUGAAUGAACUGGAUCGAGAAGCAGGAGAUGGUGACUGUGGCAGUACACACGCAAGAGCAGCUCAUGCCAUUAAGGAGUUCCUGACAUCAGAUGCAGUUCCUGGCAACGGUUAUAAGCUCCUUUUGCGUCUAGGUAAAGUGAUUCGAGACCAAAUGGGUGGGACUUCAGGAGCGCUGUACAGUAUUUCCUUGAUUGCAGCAGCACCAAAUCUAAAAACCAACAACAAUCCCUCUGCCUGGUCAGCAGCUUUGAAUUCUGGGAUUGGAGCAAUAAAGAGGUAUGGAGGUGCAGAACCAGGAGACAGAAGCAUGCUUGACUCGCUCUGUGCUGCUGCAGAAGAACUUCGCAAUAUGACAGAUGAAAGUGGCAAUGAAAUGCAAGUCUUGGCUGAGGCAGUGCAGAAAGCUGAAGCAGCUGCAGAAUCCACUAAAAGUAUGAAGGCAAAUGUUGGUCGGGCAAGCUACAUCUCUUCAGCCCAACUUACCCGACCUGAUCCUGGUGCUGUGGCCUCUGCAGCCAUUUUGAAAGCCAUCUUAACUGCUCUUGAACAGCCCACUCAAAACAUUCACGAAUGAAGAGUUUUUUUAGAGUUGUGAAGUCCGUAUUUGUAAAUACAAGCUUUUUGCUUGAGAUUUCUAAUUUAAUUGCCUCAUUAUGAUUAAAUGUAUUAUAAUACAUGGAAGAAGCUUGAAAUAGCCCACUUUGUACAAUUAAUUAAAUCAGUGUAUUUCUUUA